AUGGCAAUCCACCUGGCCGCCGCCGACGGCGAGGAAGGCCUCAUCAAGAACCACCAUGUCCACGUUUCCAGCGAGCUGACCGGCGGGAAGGUGUUACUGGUCCAUUGCAAGUCAAAAGACGACGACCUUGGAAUCCACAACCUCACGGCCGGGUCCGAGUUCACGUGGAAGUUUAAGCUGGAUGUCUGGCUCAGGACGACACUGUUUUGGUGCUACCUGGCGCCUGACGACAGCCACCAUGCCGCCUUUGACGCAUUCGACGAAGAGCACUACAAGGCGUACGAGUUCCAGUACCAUACCUACUGGAUCGGGAAAGACGACGGCGUUUAUGUGAAGCUCGUUGAUAAGAAGACGGACCAGCUAACCUACCAGUGGGUGGAUGGAAGGCCCGGCCCGAAUCUGUUGGUUCCCAAAUGGAUUGUGUAA